AUGGACGCUCGCCAGGUUCUGCAAAGCACCCUGUCGCCCGAUCGUGCGCGAGAGAAGAGCUACGCUCGAUCUUUUCUUCGCACUCGUCGCGCCUGUGACAGACAUGGUGGCUGUGAUAACCCCUCGCUGACCGUCUUUCCUCCUGUAGAUGCGGCGGAACGUACCAACGCUGAGCAGCAGCUCGCCCACGCGGCGGAGGUUGACUUUGCUACCUAUCUCGUCACUCUAGGCCAAGAGCUAGCUAGUGAAGAAAGCCCCGCCCACAUCCGUGUUGCUGCCGGUAUUGCUUUGAAGAACGCUUUCACUUUCCGAGACCAGACCAAGCUCCGUGAAGUACAAGCCCGAUGGAUCCAACAAAUUACCCCCGAGACCAAGUCCCAGGUCAAGGAGCUCGCGCUCAAGACCUUGGCAUCUGAUACCCGAGCUGGGAAUGCUGCCGCCGCGCUAAUUGUUUCGAUCGCCGCGAUCGAAUUGCCCCGAAAUGAAUGGUCCGACCUGAUGAACGUCCUGGUCCAGAAUGUGGCCAGUGGAAAUGAUAACCUGAAGCAGUCGUCUCUCGCCACGAUUGGAUUCAUUUGCGAGUCUCAGGAUGCCGAUCUUCGCGCCAGCCUCACGGCUCACUCAAACGCCAUCUUGACCGCUGUCGUGCAGGGUGCCCGCCGCGAGGAGCCCAACAUGGAUGUUCGAUAUGCUGCCAUUGCUGCUCUGAGCGAUGCUGUGGACUUCGUGCGAUCCAAUAUGGAGAACGAAGGCGAGCGCAACUACAUUAUGCAGGUUGUGUGUGAGGCCACCCAGGCCGAGGAGGUUCGCGUGCAGGCCGGUGCCUUUGGCUGUCUGAACCGAAUCAUGGGUGCCUACUACGAUAAGAUGCGCUUCUACAUGGAGAAGGCUCUCUUCGGUCUGAGCAUCAUGGGAAUGAAGAGCGAAGAGGAGGAUGUCGCCAAGUUGGCCAUCGAGUUCUGGUGUACCGUCUGUGAAGAAGAGAUUGCGAUCGAGGACGACAAUGCCGAGGCUCAACAAGAGGGCGCUGAGGCUCGUCCUUUCUACGGGUUCGCUCGUGUUGCUGCUCGCGAGGUCAUUCCCGUUCUCUUGCAAGCCAUGUGCCGCCAGGACGAGGAUGCUGAUGACAACGAGUACAACGUGUCUCGUGCCGCCUACCAAGCUCUCCAGCUGUACGCCCAGUGUGUGCAGGCUGACGUGAUCCAGCCUGUCGUGACCUUUGUCGAGGAGAACAUCCGCAAUGAGGAUUGGCGCCGCCGUGACGCUGCCGUUGCUGCCUUUGGCGGUAUCAUGGAGGGCCCUGAGCCUCGUGUGCUGGAGCCUCUGAUCAAGCAGGCCCUCCCUGUCCUACUGGGCAUGAUGGAGGACGCCUCUGUCCAGGUUCGCGACUCUACCGCCUACGCUCUUGGUCGCGUGUGCGACUGCUGCCCUGAGGUCUUGGACCCUGAUGUUCACUUGCAACCCCUCAUCUCUUGCCUUUUCAACGGCCUCGCCAGCAGCCCCAAGAUUGCCAGCUCUUGCUGCUGGGCUCUGAUGAACGUUGCCGACCGGUUCGCUGGUGACCCUGGCUCUCAAACCAACCCAUUGUCCAAGCACUUUGAUGAGAGCGUCAAGUCGUUGAUGCAGGUCACUGAGAGACAAGACGCAGACAGCCAGCUCCGCACAGCUGGAUAUGAAGUUCUUAACUCUUUUGUUAUGAACUCCGCCAACGACAGCCUUCCCACUGUUGCCAGCCUCUCAGAUCACAUUCUUGGUCGCCUUGAGCAGACUAUCCCAAUGCAGCAGCAGGUUGUGAGCACUGAGGACCGCAUCCUUCUCGAAGAUAUGCAGACCUCAUUGGUCAGCGUUAUUCUGGCUAUUGUUCAACGAUUCGAGGUCGAGAUUAAGCCUCAAGCUGAUCGCAUCAUGCAGGUCUUGCUCAGCGUCCUGACCACUGUCGGUGGCAAGUCCAGCGUUCCUGAUGUGAUCUUUGCCACCGUCGGCGCCGUCGCCAGCGCUUUGGAGGAAGACUUUGCCAAGUACAUGGAGUCUUUCAGCCCCUUCCUCUACAAUGCUCUUGAGCACCAGGAGGAAGCUGGUCUUUGCUCCAUGGCCAUUGGGUUGGUCAGCGACAUUGCUCGCGCUUUGAACGAGAAGGUUCAGCCUUACUGUGACACCUUCAUGAACCUCCUCCUUAACAUCCUGCGGACAUCUACCAACCAACUCAAGCCCGCCAUUCUCGAGACUUUUGGCGACAUUGCUCAGGCUAUUGGAACUCCCCAUUUCGAUAACUAUCUUCCCGUUGUCGGUCAGGUGCUCCAGCAGGCUUCAUCCGUCACUACUAGCUCGGAUCUCCCCUACGAUAUGGUUGACUACAUUGUCUCCCUGCGUGAGGGUAUCAUGGAUGCUUGGGGUGGCAUUCUCCUUUCCUACAAGGGCAGCCCUCAGAUCACUCUGAUUCAACCUUUCGUUGAGUCCAUCUUCCAGCUGCUUCACAUCAUCUCCCAAGAAGGCAACCGGUCCGAAGGCCUCAUGCGCUCUGCCAUGGGAGUAAUUGGCGACUUGGCCGAUGCUUUCCCUAACGGCGAGCUGGCGGCCUUCUUCCGCCACGACUGGGUGACCACUCUGGUCCGUGAGACUCGUACAACUCGCCAGUACAGUGAGCGCACCAUCGAAACUGCCCGCUGGACCCGGGAACAGGUCAAGCGACAGAUCAACCUGAGUACCGGAAUGUCCUAA